AUGGAUGUUGAACAUAAUGUGUUCUAUAUAUUCGUAGCUAUUGCGGGUGUAAUAUUGGUUGUGGCGUCAUCGUUUAAACCAAUUUUUGGAAUAUUCUUACUAAUUACAGUACCUUUGGUAGCUCAAACAUUGCGACGUAUUUUUGGUCUUUCAUCUAAUGUUCCUGCCGCUAACAAAUUCUUCAAAGAUUUUCAUGUUGGCGGUCAUCGAGGUGCACCUAAAGUUGCUCCUGAAAAUACGAUUGAAUCGUUUGAAAAGGCAAAAUUAUCGGGCAUGGAUUUGGUAGAAUUUGAUUUAACAUUAACCAAGAAUGGUGUCGUUGUGAUAAUGCAUGAUGAUGAUCUGAUGAGAACAUGUGGUGAACCAGGCCUGAUUGCAUCCUUUACUCUCGAAGAAUUAAGAACAAAAAAUGCCGGAAAAACGUUCCAGUCAUUAGGUGCAUUGGAUAAUCAAACGGCUUCGAAAGUUUAUCAUAUACCAACUCUGGAGGCUACCGUGAAAUAUUGCCGAGAUAACAAUUUAAAAAUGCUAUUUGAUGUGAAAGAUAGCAGUUCUGAGAUGGUUUCCCAAAUAGUAUCUGUAAUAUCAUCCAAUAAUCUGUACAGCGAUGUGAUCGUUUCUUCAUUUUACCCUUGGGUUCCAUACUCCAUCAAGAAAAUUGACCCCAAUAUAUUAACCGGCAUCACAUGGCGUCCGUAUUUUGCAACAUAUAAAGAUUUGGAACAUUGUAUUCCACGAUUCUCGGGAUUGAAAUACUUUUUGGCAUUGCUCUUAGAUUAUAUCAACAUGAAACUACUUGACAGUUUUCUGCCGCAGUUCCUUGGAAUUGAAAUGUUACUUCUAUAUGAGAAAGAAAUAUCUGGUGGAUUGGUAAAGAGGAUGAAGCACUUAGACAUCCAGGUGGUUGCGUGGACGGUUAAUGAUCCUCGCCAAAUGCUUUAUUUGGUCGAUACGUUGAAAGUUCCUUUUCUAACCGAUCUACCUCACUUGUAUAAAGAUCUUAAAAAAAUACGAAUGGAAAUGCAGAACAAGGAUGGAAUGAAAAAUUGA